UCAGCGCGACCCUGACUGUCGAUAUUGCGUUCUGGUUGCUCCUCAGCAUCAUGCCUAAAGUAGUGUCCCGUUCGGUAGUCUGCUCCGACACACGGGACCGGGAGGAAUAUGACGACGGCGAGAAGCCCCUUCACGUGUAUUACUGUUUGUGCGGCCAGAUGGUGCUGGUGCUGGACUGUCAGUUAGAGAAAUUGCCCAUGAGGCCCCGGGAUCGAUCUCGUGUGAUUGAUGCUGCCAAACAUGCCCACAAGUUUUGUAACACAGAAGAUGAGGAAACUAUGUAUCUUCGGAGGCCUGAAGGCAUUGAACGACAGUACAGGAAGAAGUGUGCAAAGUGUGGCCUGCCUCUCUUCUACCAGUCCCAGCCGAAGAAUGCCCCCGUGACUUUCAUUGUGGAUGGAGCUGUGGUCAAGUUUGGCCAGGGUUUUGGGAAAACGAAUAUAUAUACUCAGAAACAAGAGCCUCCGAAGAAGGUGAUGAUGACCAAACGGACUAAAGACAUGGGCAAGUUCAGCUCUGUCACCGUGUCUACUAUUGAUGAAGAGGAGGAGGAGAUUGAGGCUAGGGAAGUUGCUGACUCUUAUGCACAGAAUGCCAAAGUGAUUGAAAAACAGCUGGAGCGCAAAGGCAUGAGCAAGAGGCGGCUGCAGGAGCUGGCUGAACUGGAAGCCAAGAAAGCAAAAAUGAAAGGGACCUUGAUUGACAACCAGUUCAAAUGAUCAGGACUCUUCUCUGAACCCAGACUAGAAUAAAGCAUUUAAAUCAAGAGGGAAGAAAAAUUACAUUUUUGUUUCCAUGGACUAAUUGUUUCUCCCCAGCAGAAGGUGUUGCAUUGCCUGCUAUUGACUCUCCUACAUGCAGUGAGUUCUUUGAAUUCAUCUUACCUGCUUUGUAGAUCUUUUUGUAUAUAUAGGUCCUUGGUACUGUUUUAUUUUUUGUCCAUUUGAAGGAAACUUUUCCAUCUGUGUAGAAACUUUAUGAAUAGAUCAGUGCUUGAGUGUCUCUGGUUUCUAAGGUACUGAUUCUUAUACCUUGUUUAGAGUUAACAAAAUUCUUAAAGACUUUUGAAAAAACAUUAUACUGUGUCAUAGAAAAAAGUGACUUGAAUUAGGUUUAAAGUCCCCAGCAAACCAGAUCCAUAUAAGUGGCUAUCUCUCUUCUUAGACUGGCAGGUAAUGGCUAUGGUUUGAAUGUUUCUAAUGUCAGCAAAAAAUCACAGGAAGCCAGAAUCCACAUAAAGCUUACUUUACUUCAAAUACUAAAGCAUUGGGUGAGCUAUCCUUUCUCAGACCUUCUACUUGAAGAAGGAAAAAAGCCAAACAGUGUCAGGGGUAGGAUCACUCAGAUCUGAGUGGUAAUAGAGUCUCAGUAGGCGACCAAGGGUGCUGCCAUCCUGUCAGAUAGCCUAGAGUGAGGACUGCUUCCCGCUGUGCAUGGUACAUGGGAGGGAGCUAGGGGAGGGUAAGGAAAGAUACUGAGAUCAAUACAACUGUGUUGAGUAUUUUUUAUUUCACCACAAGCAGAAGAGCUCUGGGCUCUUCCUGUGAGGAUGCUGAUCCCAUCAGAAAGCCACCCUCAGACCUCAGCUGAACCUAGUUACCUUGCAAAGGCCCACCUCCAAAUACUAUCACAUUGGGGGGCAGGGCUUCAGUUUUGGAACGAAGGGAGAGGGGUACAGUUCAGCACAUAGCUUUAUAUAAGAUGUUAGUAUUAGGGGAACCUGAGAGAAGAGUACUGUCUUUGAAUAACUUCUGCAAACCUAAAAUUAUUCAAAGAUUUCUAAAGAGUUUGAAGAAAAAAAAAAGAGUUAAAGGUGCCAAUAGAGGAAUUAAUCACAGAAUCAGCUGGAUCAAAGGGAGAGGGAUGACGAUGGAGCUGAAAUACUGGGAGAAAAUGGGAGGGUCAAGGAUAUGUGAAGGUUACAAACAGGUUUAGUUUCACCAUAAGUGAUGCUGCUUGUUUUCCUGGAGGGAUAUAAAAUAUUAAAGGCUUAAGUGUAAUGGACUGUGCUUUGCUAAAUUUGAGUGAAAAAGAGGAAGUAGUCAGAGAAAUGCAGAAACAGCAGCUGAAUAAGACAGUAACAAAAUAAAAAAAUUUUUUUUAAAAGAGGUGGUCCAUGAUCCUCCCUGGUGGCACAGUGGGUCAAAGUGCAUCACUUCGAAGAUAAUUGCAUCCCCUUCAGCAUGAGUUUGAUCCCCAUCAGGGAGAUGAUCCACAUGCGCAGCAGACCUCUCCUGUCUCUCCUAC